AUGUCUAUUUCUAUUCCAACAGCAAAUAUAUCAGUAAUAAAAGACUUUUUAUACUCUUAUGCUCCAGCAGGACUGUCUAUAUGGUCAGGGUUUGCUAAAGGAAUUCGUAUUGCUACUCGAGGUAGUUACAAGUAUCUUCCAAUGACAAAUGGGAGUCUUAUUCCUCCUACAAAAACUUUGACGAGCUACUAUAUGGGCUCUGCCAUUCUUGUUGGAAUAAUUGCUCUUAUUUUCAUAGCCACCAUUGCUAUUGCCAUCAUGCAAUGCUGUGCUCUGUGUUGUUGUAAAAAAAGUUUAGCCCGAAAGCGUAACCAUCGUGUCUGGUCGCGUCAAUCUGCAUGGUGGUCUGGGAUCUGGUUCACGUUUAUCAACCUAGCCUUCAUUAUUUCGGCUAUUGCAAGUUUUACUGGGAGCGUGUACCUGUCUACAUCUGUAGACUCUGCAUCAUCUGGAACUCUUGGGACUAUCAAAAGUGGUCAGGAUAUUGUUGCAGGACUGCCUGUUUCAAUCAAUGCUUCCUUUACUAGUCUUAAAGGAAUUGUAAAUCAGACCGCGGAUUCUGCGCUACAUAUUAUUGAUUUUAAUUCGCUUCAGACCACAGGUGUUACUCCAAAUAUGAAUGCUCUUGCUAAUGGAAUUCAGGCUACUCAGGAUAACAUUACAGCAAUGUUAACUCAGGGAGAUGCUAUUUCAACUACAAAAGUAAACACCUUGUCAAUAGCAAUUCAAGUAAACACAACAACUACAAAUGACAGGGCUGACUUGGCGGCUUGGAAAGCAAACCAACAGACAUUUAGUGGAAGCGGUGGUGCUACAUACGUUUAUUCUGGUACUGAUCUUAAUCAAAAUGCCUUUGAUGUUGCAUCCGCUGCGGCUUUAGGAAUGACAACUGGUCUUCAACAAAGUCCUGACGGUUCUUCAACACUAAGUCCGUUGCAAAAUCUUGGUCUUAAUUCUUAUGCCGCUCAGAUUCGCGAUGUCGUUACCAAUCUUCCCAUCAACAUCAAUACUCUUAUGAUGAAUGGUACUAAUACAUUCAAAGUAAGCGCAAUUGGAGCACUCAACGUUGCUCAAAACAGUAUUGGUAGCUCUUUAGCUCCUUUCCAGGGAUCUGCUGGAAAUUCAUUGACCAAUAUUUACAAUCAAGUGUCAGGUAUAUUCACCCAAGUCAGGACAUAUAAUAGCUAUCGUCACAUUGUAAUGGCGGUGCUUUCUGCCAUUAUCCUGCUUAUUCUGGUUGUUGUCAACAUUGGAGCAGUCAUGAAAAAACCUCGUGUUGUAAAGGGAUGCAACUUUACUGCAAUUGGUUUCUACGCAUUAAUUCAAUUGCUGGCACUGAUUCUAUAUAUUUCUGCCAUGCUGAUCGGUGAUGCAUGCAGCCUGACAUUUGACUACUCACCACCUCCAAUUUCAAUCGCGCUGGACCCAUUUACUCAAACAUCUGUAAACAACGUAUUUAUUUUGCGCGAUCAAUGUAAACAAAACCAAUCGCUUUUGACUAUUGCUACAAAUCUUGGAUAUCUCAAUGCUAGCUCCAUAAAUAUGACCAAGAUUGCAUCUGAUCAGCUAGAAUCCCUUGAUUUUUCUCCAAUUGCCAAUUCUUGGAAUCUUAGCUCAUCUAUUUCAAUUAAUCCUUCUCCAACCCAAAAACUGAGCGCAUUGACUAGCUUGGAUACCACUGGCUUGAAUGUCACCACUUUGAACAAUAUUUCAACGAAUGCUCUUCCUGCUCUUAGAAAUGCACUUACCAAUCUUCGAGAUGUGUACAAUGUUGCCAUUACUACAUCAAACGGAAAUAGCGGGCUUACAUUUUCACCCAGCAGCCAAGCAGCUGCAGUUGUGAAUGCUGGAUAUGCUGAUUUUGUAAGCAAACUAACAACACGAAGAGAUGCUCUCAAUGCAUUCCUUGCUGUCAAUGGAUCUAUUGAUCAAAUGCAAAAUUCUAUUACGUCUAUGAUUUCGAGUGUACAAAGCUUAAACACCAGUACUCAUAAUGCUAUUAAUAAUGCAAACACCAUUCCUGGAUACUACAAUUCCUCCAUAUCUAGUCUUGGCUACUUUUCUGGGAAUGCCACAAAUAAUCUUACUAUAGCAAUCCCCCAGAUAAAAAAUCAAACCAUCAGUAGUGUAGGAGGUGUGCAGAAUACUUUGUAUGCUUCACUAACAUGCCAAAGUCUCGCAGAAAACAUUUUUGUCAUUCAGGAUGCUUUGUGUGGUAGAUUCAUGGGUGGUCUUGAUGCCGUUUGGUUUGCAUACUAUGUGAUUGGUGUAUUCUCGUUCCUCUCCAUUCCAGCAUUCAUUUACUUUGCCAAUGUUAUGGGUGCAUCAAGACGCCAUUCUGGAAGUGUAGACGUUGAAGCAACUUAUGGAGCCUCUCCCAAAUACAAAAAAGGGCAUUCCCAACGACAACCCCAGAUUGAGCGUUCUGUUCACAUUAAUUAGGUUAAUCAAAACCAUCACUGUUCAAUUUUUAAACUCCCUAGUCCGCGUUAAUACAUUAUUUCAAGUC